UUGUUUAGGUACGACGACCUUUCCAACUACAAACGACCAAGCUCACCUAUUGAAAAGAUCAAAUCCCUAUUCCGCAAAAAUGACACAUCACAUGUGACCUCUCAGCUACCAAGCAACGAUUACUAUCCAGGACGUUAUACUGCCAGCUCUGCAAAUGAUAAAACCUAUAGUGUCUAUCCAACUUCGAAUGUGGCUAGAGAGGCGUAUGUACCCCAGUAUCGAAAAUACCCAGGUUCAACAACGAGAGAUCCAGCAUCUGUACUGAACAGAUACAGCUAUACACCUGGCAUCACAGAUCAACGACGUCAUUGGUACGAUGAC